AUGGCGAGUCAACCUGGUACACAUCAAAGCAAACCAAAAAGGCGAGGUCGCCCUCGGCCUCUUCCUCCCGAUGUGAAUGCCCGUAAUCUCGCUCUAGAGAAAGAGCGCCGAGAGGACAUGAAAAAAGACCUACUGGAGCUCGCACGUCUAGUACCUGCUCUAGCGCCAGUCAGACGCCUUUCCAAAACAAUUAUUGUGAAAGAAGGCCUCCAGCAUUUCAAGAAACAGCGCGCAAUGUGUCUAUCAGCUGCAGAAGAUAUGCGGGACUUGGUCGCGGAGAAUCAUCGACUAAUCGCUGAACUGAAUGAGUUGCGUUUCCUGACGGGUGAACGGAAUACCACACCGCCGUUGGAGCCAAAGCCCCUCUCAGAGGCAAUGAUCGAGCUGAUGAACGUACCCAAUGAGGUUUGUGGGACGUUUCCAGCUGGCUUUGGAGACAAUUGGGCCUGCGAGUCUCAAUGUCAAGAUGUUCUGGUUUCGCAAAGUAGUGAUGCUGUCAUGGAUCAUGCAGUAUAUUGCUCGCCUGCGGAAGACAUAUCAUUGGCAGUGGCAGUCGAACCACUGAUUCAGGGUCCAAUCCUGGAUGAACAUGAAAUCACAGCUGCGUCUAUACCUCUUACUCAAUAUUCCUUGUCUACGGAAACGCUCUUUCAAACCUCGUUGAAUGGUUCUAUAUCCCCCCACACAACAGUCGACCUCUUACACACUUUGAGCCAUGAGGAACUCACCCCCGACAUGACUCAACUUGAGUGCUACGUGCCCUUUGACAAUUACCAAUUUCCGCCCUUAUCACUAGAUACGACGCCGAUUGAUAUUUCAACGGCCUGGUGGACGCAAGGAACUGGGAUGGCAGAGAGUGCUCAGUUCACAUUAGGUGGAAACACGGGGACAGUUGCUGGAACGUAG